UAUCCACUUUUGUCUUGGUGAUCCGAAUCAGCCAAGCAGAAAAUCCUCUUCCAGUUUUGCGUAAGCAUCUGGAAUCCUUGCCAUGUGCAUUGUAAAUGCAAAAUACAAAAUAGCUACUCCAAAAUUGUCCUAUUCUACAGGCCAACCCUCUUGUUCCCAUCACGCUUCUACUACUUCACUCUCGCCCAUAAAUUAUCUCGAUUCUCACACAAUUCUUCCACUCUUUGACUCUAUUCAGUUCUUGUCCAGUAUUAUCAAAUGGGUACCCUCGGAAACGAACAACCAGGUACCCAGAUCCCAGAAAACGCUAAAAGUUUUUCCCUUUUCAGAUACAAUUCACCCUUCAUUCAGAUCGUACUCAUCGGGUUGGUCUGUUUCUGUUGCCCGGGAAUGUUCAACGCCCUCUCCGGCAUGGGUGGCGGUGGCCAAGUCAACUCGACCGCCUCCAACAACGCCCUCACCGCCCUCUACACCACCUUCGCCAUCUUCGGCAUCGUCGGGGGCGGCAUCUACAACAUCCUCGGACCCCACCUCACCCUCUUUGCAGGUUGCUCUACCUACGUCCUCUACGCGGGCUCCUUCCUCUACUACAACCACUACCAGCACCAGUUCUUCGCCAUCGUCGCCGGCGCCAUCCUCGGCGUCGGCGCCGGCCUCCUCUGGGCCGCGCAGGGCGCCAUCAUGACCUCGUACCCCCCGGAGAAUCGCAAAGGCACCUACAUUUCAAUCUUCUGGAGCAUCUUCAACAUGGGGGGUGUCAUCGGUGGCCUCAUUCCCUUCAUUCUGAAUUACAAUCGCGGUGACUCUGCUGCCACUGUCAACGACGGAACCUACAUAGGAUUCAUGGUAUUUAUGUCCGUUGGGGCUGUUCUGUCGUUGACCAUCUUGCCGGCCAGCAAGGUUGUUCGCAACGAUGGGACUCGGUGUACUAACAUGUUGUACUCCAAUGUGGCAACUGAAUCUGUUGAGAUUCUCAAACUUUUCUACAACUGGAAGAUGCUUCUUAUUAUUCCCGCUGCUUGGUCUAGUAAUUUUUUUUACACCUACCAGUUUAACCAUGUAAAUAAGCCGCAGUUUAAUUUGAGGACUAGAGGGUUCAACAAUGUGUUCUAUUGGGGGGCGCAGAUGGUGGGUUCUGUUGGGAUUGGGUAUGUGAUGGAUUUCAGCUUUAAGAGCAGGAGGAAGAGAGGGGUUCUGGGGAUUGGUGUGGUUGCUCUUCUUGCUUCUGCUAUUUGGGGUGGUGCACUUGCAAAUCAGAUAAAUCAUGACUCCAGGGUGAUCUUGGAUUUUAAGAACUCGGGCUCUCGCUAUGCUGGGCCUUUUGUUUUGUAUUUCAGUUUUGGGUUGCUGGAUGCCAUGUUCCAGAGCAUGGUCUAUUGGGUUAUUGGAGCCCUGGCUAAUGAUUCUGAGAUUCUUAGCAGGUAUGCUGGGUUCUAUAAAGGCAUACAAAGUGCAGGGGCAGCAGUGGCUUGGCAAAUUGAUAACCAUAAUGUGUCCGCUAUGGCUCAGUUGAUUGUGAAUUGGGUACUCACUACUGUGAGCUAUCCGUUGUUAUUGGUUUUGAUUGUUUUGGCUGUGAAACAGGACACCAAGGGAGAAGAGGAACCUAUCAAACAGGUCGCUCCUUCGUCAGCUGAAAAUGGCUUUGUCCAAUGAUAUUGUUACCUGUAAAAUCAAUUGCAUCCUUUGUCUUUAUUUCUGUUGUCUCACUUGUUUUUAUCACAUAAAAGUCUAAAAUGGAUGAAUAUUUAUUUGUAUGUGUUCAUGAAUGGAAAUGGAAUUCGCUUGUCUGAUGCCUCGGAGAAUAUUAAAGGCGACAAA